AAGCUAGAUGGAAAUGGUCGUCCUUUUGGAGCAGCACGUUAGACGAACCUCGGUGCCCAGGGUAUUAAUACGAUAAUAAUAACAACAGGAGAGCGAAUGUGAAACGUAAUUCUAUUUAAAAAGAUUUUACUUCAAAUAAAUUGUGGAGCACUGUUUUUGCGGAAUGGAGCAAUCAUCGUCUAGAAGCCAGUUGAAAAAGCUGAGUGAAGACAGUUUAACAAAGCAACCAGAAGAGGUAUUUGAUGUUCUUGAGAAACUGGGUGAAGGGUCCUAUGGCAGUGUGUACAAAGCUAUACACAAGGAGUCCGGCCAAGUGGUGGCUAUUAAACAAGUUCCUGUUGAGUCUGACCUCCAGGAGAUUAUCAAAGAGAUAUCCAUCAUGCAACAGUGUGACAGCCCCUAUGUGGUGAAGUACUAUGGCAGUUAUUUUAAGAAUACAGACCUCUGGAUAGUGAUGGAAUACUGUGGAGCAGGCUCUGUGUCCGACAUCAUCCGGCUACGGAACAAAACUCUCACCGAGGACGAGAUUGCAACAAUCCUCAAAUCAACAUUGAAGGGCCUGGAGUAUCUGCAUUUUAUGAGGAAAAUCCACAGAGACAUCAAAGCUGGGAACAUCCUUCUUAACACGGAAGGCCAUGCUAAGCUGGCAGAUUUCGGAGUGGCUGGACAGCUCACGGACACCAUGGCCAAACGCAACACCGUGAUCGGCACGCCCUUCUGGAUGGCCCCGGAGGUCAUUCAGGAGAUCGGGUACAACUGCGUGGCAGAUAUAUGGUCCCUGGGCAUCUCCUCCAUUGAGAUGGCGGAGGGGAAGCCCCCAUAUGCCGACAUACACCCCAUGAGGGCUAUUUUCAUGAUUCCCACGAACCCCCCGCCGACCUUCCGGAAGCCUGAGCAGUGGACCGACGAGUUCACAGAUUUUGUGAAGAAAUGCCUGGUGAAGAACCCAGAGCAGAGAGCUACAGCCACGCAGCUGUUACAGCAUUCCUUCAUCAAGGACGCCAAGCCGGUGUCCCUUCUGCGGGACCUCAUCACCGGCGCCAUGGAAAUUAAAACCAAGCGGCACCAGGAGCAGCAGAGGGAGCUGAUGGAGGAAGAGGAGGACGAAGAGAACUCACAGGACGAGGAGGUGGAGGUGGACUCCCACACCAUGGUGAAGACGAGCUCGAGCGCCAGCACAAUGCGGGCGUCGGGCACCAUGAGCGACGGGGGCCAGACCAUGAUCGAGCACAGCAGCGCCGUGCUGGAGUCCCACCUGGGCACCAUGGUCAUCAACAGCGACGAGGAGGAGGAAGACAGCACCAUGAAGAGAAACUCCAGCUCCCAGCAGGCUCUGCGUCCCUCCUUCAUGGACUACUUUGACAAGCAGGGCUCCAAGAACAAAGUGCCUGAUGACUGUCGCCAAAAUAAGCAGGAUCCAUACCUCAUCACCAAGAACGUGUUCCCUGACAACUGGAAGCUGCCCCAAGAUGGAGAUUUUGACUUUCUGAGGAACCUGGGUCUGGAGGAGCUGCAGCUCCGUCUGAGCGCGCUGGACCCCAUGAUGGAGCGCGAGAUCGAGGAGCUCCGACAGCGCUACACCGCCAAGAGGCAGUCCAUCCUGGACGCCAUAGACGCCAAGAAGCGCCGGCAGCAGAACUUCUGAGAGUUCCACGGGGGCCCUGUCCAGCAACCUCCCCCCCCCGCCCUCUGCAGAGGGGACAGGUCUCAGAAAGAGGAGGGGCUUCUGUUCAUUCAUACAGACCACACCCUCUGUGGGACACGCCCCUCUGACCUGAUCUGCUACGUCUGACCAAUCACAGGUGUGCUUCCUUUCCCCCUGGAGGCUACUGUCUGAACCCCACCUCCCUUCCCCCAGCAGAAAGUUCUAGUGGAAAGCAACUCUCACCCCCCCCCCCCCCCCUCUCCAGAAGAUAGGUUGCACUGUCAGGGUCUAAAUGAUAAUAAUGAUAGUGCUGAUACAGAGAAUGUCAGUGUGGAACUGAAAAGCUCUGUAGAGGUAUAAGUUAAUGAGACACGUUCAGCCCUGUUCCUUUUAUCAUCAUCAUCGUGUGUAAUUGAUUUCUCCCUCAUCUUUAAUGAGAUUUCUCAGGCGUGAAAGUGGUCGCUCAACCCCAGGCAGUAAAGCAGACGGUACUGCAGUGCCCCGUGAGUCUGACUACCUUUCAGAACCACCUGUUUUCUCCUGGGUCUGUUCAAGGCUGCGAUACCUACGGGGAAAAGGCCUGCAGGGUGACGUGUGAUUGGCCGUAGCGUCACACAGGGGAGGGGUCAUGUCCUCAGAAUUUCGCUGGUCUCAUUGUGAUGUAAUGACUCCUCCCAUCAGUCAGACACCUGUGAUUUGCCUGCCCCAGCUGCGCGGUCCUCUGGUACUGUAGCUGCGAUAGUUUAGCUGGUGCAGCACAGGGAAGAAGCAGUUUGGUGUAUACUGCUGGUAGAUUUUGUAGGAUGUGCAUGCUAGCAGUAGUGCGGUGGGCAUAAGGUUGCAAAUGGACAUUCCAAAUUUGAGAGGCUAAUGUGGGGAGAAGUCCCUGAAAUAUUUACAUUAGAUAUGAGCUGCUGUAUGUAACACAUGCAACAGUUACCCUUAGAAUCACAGCAUUACUCACAGCCACCAUAUUUGGAAAUGUUCCGUUUCGGAAGCCAAUUCGUCUUGUUAGCACCUUCGUGGGCCCAGGGUUUUUCAGAAAAUGCAUUUUUUGUUUCUUGUGUAGGAGCUUUUCAUUAACUUGCACAUUACAGUUGCUGAAAAGCAUGACCUGUAUGCACUGUCUCGAAAGGUUUUCAAAUGUAUGCUUAUAUCUGAUCAUUUUGUUCCAUCCUAUAACGGGUCAUUUAGUCCACUGGCCAUCACUGACCCGUGUUUUAAAGCAUUUUGUUUGCACUUGAUGUCAUUCCGCAAAGUGCUAAUGGCUCCUGAUUCCUAACCCCACUCCAACCACCUAUCGCUAUACUGAAAACAGUCUUCAGUGUUAUUCAAGUGUAAAAUAGUGCCUUCAAGGAUAAUAUCUUUUGAGAGCCUUUAAAUGGUCUGCCACAGUGUUUUUUGUCUUCUCUAUAGACUUGUAAAAUCAAGUCAUUCAUUUGAGCAAUGUAACCAGAAUUUCCAUAUCAUUUAACAAGAGUGCUUGUUUCAUUGUCUUGAUUUUUAUACUGUAUUUUCUUCUGCUAUAUUUCACAGUGUCCUUUAAUUUGCUUGGCUAAUUUUAAGAUUCAAAAAAAAAAAUUUGCCUCCAGGUGAUGAUGAUUUAUAGUAAUACAGCAACAAAACGAAUUAUCCGAAUUCACAGCUUUUGCUGUUUUCUUUUUU